AUGCUUCGCAACAUCGCCCUCGUCGCUGCUCUCUUCGCAAGCACUCUCUCUGCCCAUCCCCUCGAGGCAGUGAAGGAAAAACGUGGGGAUGAUGACUGGGUCAGUCCCACCUAUACCCGCAUUUUCCAGGAUCCUCUCGUCAUACCAACACAGUUGCAACCUUUGACAACCUACACCAAUGCCACAACUGGCGAGACCUUUGAAUUUUUCCAAAUUACCAUUGAUGACUUCACACAGCAAGUCUACCCAGGCCGCCAGCCUGCGGAUCUGCAGGGAUACAAUGGGCAAGUUCCGGGGCCCUUGAUCAAGACGACUGUAGGUAGAAGAUCAGUGGUUAGAUUUAUCAAUAACGUGGCAAAGCCCGCGAGUAUCCAUCUUCAUGGGUCGCCGAGCAGGCCGGUUUUUGACGGGUGGGCGGAAGAUACUAUUGCAACAGGGCAGUACAAGGAUUAUGUUUAUCCUAACUACUCACCGAGGACUUUGUGGUAUCAUGAUCAUGCUGUUCAUAUUACCGCCGAAAACGUUUUUCAUGGCCAAGCGGGAUUUUACAUCGUUUCGGACCCUGCCCAGGAAGCUGCACUUGCACUCCCCCAGGGUGUUUACGACAUCCCAUUGUUGAUCGUCGACAAGAUCUAUCGAAGUAACGGCAAAACGCUUUCUCCAGCCACGGAAGACGACAGUUACUAUGGCGAUGUCAUCCACGUUAACGGCGUCCCAUGGCCCUUCCUCAAUGUUGAGCCCCGCAAAUAUCGUUUCCGUCUACUCGAUGGCAGUACCAGCCGCUCCUACAAAAUGAGCAUUGAGACCUCUUCUGGCGCCAAAGUUCCCAUGAAGGUUAUCGCUACUGACGCUGGUUAUGUCGAGAACCCUGUCAAUACUAACACCUUGAUUCUCGCUAUCGCUGAACGUUGGGAAAUUGUUGUCGAUUUCUCUUCAUAUGCUGGGAAGAAUCUCACAAUGAAGAACGCUCGUGACUUCAGCAGAAAUGAGGACUACGCGCAGACCAAUAAGAUCAUGCAGUUUAGAGUUGGAACCACUGUGUCUUCGACUGCCGGUAAUGGAGCUGUGCCAUCAACUCUGGUCGAUCUGAACUUUCCGGCGAACACUGGAACGAUCGAUAGACACUUCAAGUUUGAGCGUACCAACGGCGAAUGGAGGAUCAACGGGCUUGGAUUUGCGGAUGUUGCCAACCGUAUCCUUGCUAAGCCAAACGCUGGUGCGGUGGAAGUGUGGGAGUUAGAGAAUAGCUCUGGUGGAUGGGCUCACCCGAUUCAUAUCCAUUUGAUCGACUUCAAGGUCCUUACCAGGAACGGGAGAGGGGUGGAGCCGUAUGAAUCGUCCGGUUUCAAGGAUGUUGUCUUCCUUGACGAGAAUGAGACUGUGACAGUGAUUGCCAGAUACCACCCAUGGACUGGACAGUACAUGUUCCACUGCCAUAACACUGUCCAUGAAGAUCAAGACAUGAUGGCUGCCUUUGAUGUCGGCAACACCAAGGCCGUGCCUGCCCAGGGAGACCAGUUCUCGGACCCUAUGAACCCUACCUUCAGGGCUAGUGCCUACACUGGUACUAACGUUGCUCAACUCAUGUCGGAGCGUCUGCCCUACUUUGCGGGUCUCGACAUCUACUCGCAGAUGCCUGUGUAA